AUGGCCACCAUCAGCACACCCAACGACUCGCCUAAUGCCACGCCCGUGCAGCCACUCCAUAACCCCAACCAAGCCGCCACCGUUGUCGUUCCCAAAGCGCCGCUAGGAAACGUAGGAAACAAGGCUCCUGGUAUGGGGGCUAAAGCGCUACUUGCAAAGAAGAUGGCGAAGUCGCACAACCCCAACUUCAUAUCGCCCACCGACAACAUGAUGACUCCUUGCACGCAGAAACUCAACGCAGCCAAGAAGAAGCACUUUACAAAAGGAGCUAAACCAGUCCAACUCUUUGCACAGAAGGAGGAAUCAAAUGACGAGGAAAUGUCGGACGAUUCAGCCAGCAAGGACAAGAAACCAACAGACAUGGAUGAUGGAGAGAAUCCCUUCUGA